CCCUCCCUCUCUCCAGUCUUCACACUUGCGCCUAGCCCGGGGCCGCGGCUGCCCCCGAUUUCUCCGCUGCCGUCCCGGAGGCAGAGGCGUCCCAGGCUCCUUCAGGAACCCAGACUGGACUGGCUCUGGAGCCAACAUGACUAUUCCCCAGGCCCUCCUGACCUGCCUGGGCAUCCUACUGCUACUCAUCCCUAGGAAUCAGGCCCAGAUCCAUGCUCCACCUGGAUGCAGCCCAGAUCUCAACCCCCUCUACUACAAUUUGUGUGAUCGCUCAGGGGCUUGGGGCAUUGUCUUGGAGGCUUUGGCUGGGGCUGGUGUUAUCUCUACCUUCGUCCUCACCAUCAUCCUGGUGGCCAGCCUUCCUUUUGUACAGGACAGCAAGAAGCGGAGUCUGUUAGGGACCCAAGUGUUUUUCCUGCUGGGGACACUUGGUCUCUUCUGCCUUGUAUUUGCUUGUGUGGUCAAGCCUGACUUCUCCACCUGUGCCUCACGGCGUUUUCUCUUUGGGGUGCUUUUUGGCAUCUGUUUCUCCUGUCUGAGUGCCCAUGUCUUUGCCCUCAACUUCUUGGCCCGGAAGAACCAGGCUCCUCGGGGCUGGGUCAUAUUUACUGUGGCCCUGCUCUUGGCUCUAGUAGAGGUCAUCAUCAAUACAGAGUGGCUGAUCAUCACACUGGUCAGGGGCAAGCAUGGAGAAUGGGGUGGUCUUAAUGGCAACAGCAGUGCCAGCUGGGAAAUGGCCCCCUGUGCCAUUGCCAACAUGGACUUCGUCAUGGCCCUCAUUUAUGUCAUGCUCUUGCUAGUGGCUGCCUUUGUGGGAGCCUGGCCCAUCUUGUGUGGCCGAUUCAAGCGUUGGCAGAAACAUGGGAUCUUUGUCCUGCUUACGACAGCUACCUCCAUUGCCAUUUGGGUAGUAUGGAUUGUUAUGUACACCUAUGGUAAUGAGCAGCAGAACAGCCCUACCUGGGAUGACCCCACCCUGGCCAUAGCCUUGGCUGCCAAUGCUUGGGCUUUUGUCCUUUUUUACAUAAUCCCUGAAGCCUCCCAGGUGACCAAGGCCAGCCCAGAGCAGAGCUACCAGGGGGACAUCUAUCCUACCCGGGGUGUGGGCUACGAAACCAUCCUGAAGGAGAAGAAGGGACAGAGCAUGUUUGUGGAAAACAAGGCUUUCUCUAUGGAUGAGCCAUCCUCAGCCAAAAGACCUGUGUCACCAUACAGCGGGUACAAUGGUCAGCUGCUGACGAGUGUGUACCAGCCCACUGAGAUGGCCCUGAUGCACAAAGGCUUGUCUGAAGGGCCCUAUGAUGUCAUCCUCCCACGCGCCACUGCCAAUAGCAGUCAGGUGAUGGGCAGUGCCAACUCAACUCUGCGAGCUGAAGAUAUGUACGCCACCCAGAGCCAUCAGGCAGCAUCACAGAAGGAUGGCAAGAACGCGCAGGAUCACUCCCCCUACAAUAAAACAAGAUGGUAGACUCCCUCCUUCCCCUGGACUGCAAGCCACUCUGAUGUCCUCAAUUCUCCUUACACAGGCUGUGCAGAACCCAACACCUUUCCAGGCAUUGUAAUGCAAACUAUGAGGGAACCCGGAUUCAGCAGAUCUGAAGCAGUGGACUUAGGCAGAUUGCCUGCCUGCAAUGGAUGUCUAAUCUGGGAAGAGCAGGACUCACCUUCCCUUGAACCCUUUUUUUACCUGUCCCUGAGCUUUUCUGUCUCUCAGGAAGCUGGGGGACAUAAGGAUCAGUUCCUACCCAUCCAACCUGAUGUCUUCCCUCUCCCAUCCAAAAAACACCUUCUGGAGCCAUCCCCAGCUCUUCAGGAUGAAGGAAGGGUUCCUGUGGUUGUGUUUUCCUCUAGGUUACCUUAUCCACUGUGAGCUGACAUCUCAGGUGCCUCAUUGUUCUUUAGCCAAUAUCAUGGGACCUUAUUAAUGUAAUCAUGUCCCUGGCUGCCCACUCCAACCCUCUCCCCUUCAACAAACCGUGUAAUUCCUUUCUUUCAUUUGUUUUCUCUGGGGAGUGGGAGUGGGGAGGGCAGUGUUAGGCUUCUGGAACUGAUUUGAACUGGGAGUGACCCUCCAGGCAAAUAGUUCCAACCCUGCUCCCCUGGGUUUAGUGUACUCAAUGAGGGUGAAUGGUUGUCAUUUGAAGGGAAGGAAGCAAAUGACCAGGGAUGAUGGGCAGGAAGCAAGGGCUCAUAGCUAACAUUCUUCUGGAAAAGUAACAGCUUCUACUGUAAGAUUCACAUUGAUGCUCCCUGAGCCAUGGUUCCUGGAUCUGAGCCACUUCACCGCUUCGUUCACUCCCCCAUCUUCCUUUGCCACUAGUCUUCUGGAUCAGAUUCACACCCCUGGGCCAUGAGGCUUUUGUACUGUCUGGCCCUCUGCUCUCUGCUCCAUCAGAAGGUGUUGACGACAUGGACUGUCUUACUUGGAAGCAGCCCCCUCUCGUUCUUCGUGAGAAACUUGGCCAAGAGGGGUAGGAAAUUUGCAGGGCUUGGCUACUUGGGAGAUGCAGAGCUGCUGUUUGGAGGCUCAGUUUUUUUCCUGUGAAGUCUAUUCCCAUAUGCCCCUCUUCACUUUCUUCUGGAAUCCUGGUCAGUAUAAGUGGCCAGCUCCAACUGGAACACAUGGGACAGGAAGCAGUAGGAAGGCUUGAAUGAUUGGACAUCUCGGGCUAAGACUAAAAGGGUCUGUAAAUACACACAAGAUGGGAGAAUGAAUUAAAUAUAUUCUCUGGACAAAGGCAGGAGAGGAAUCAGAACUCGGGCUUAGGGCAUGGACUCUUUGUACUUGUAAAGUCUGGGAAUACACUUUGUUACUUCUUACUUGUCAGAUAUCAAAGGUCCAUACCCUUUUCAACUUUUCUCUGGGUUGAGUCUCCACUGGGGGAAUAGGAAGGAGCCAGUUAUUUUGAAGUAAAAGGAAUAACUUCUCAAAUAGGAUCCACCUAGAAAAAUGAGUGGGGUGGGGAGCUUACUGUCAUCUGGUCACCUAGGAAAUGGUAUCAUCAAUCCAAAAAUAAGGAAGGAGUGAUCCUUGCUCCCUGGCAGCUGGUUCUUGCUGCUGGUAAAGGUUUUCCUGUGAAACCUAAGGAGUUUGUAUCCGUAGGUCCCCUACCCCCACUAGGCCUCAGGUGCCCACAUUGAGAUUCAGCUAUCCUACUAGGUACAGUGAAUAUCUCCACAUUAUAUUCUCUUGCCUCCAGCACUUAAGUGCUUUUCUUUGCAAACAGUAUUUUUCUGGGGCUAGCUUAAAGAACUCUAAUAUAUGGAGAAGGGGAUCAGGGAGGUGGGGGAAGGGUGGAUGGAUCAAGAACACAAGAAGAAGUCUGUGUAUUGAAUCUUUGUCUGCUGGAUGUGACCCACUCUCCCUUCACCCCUUUAUUUUACCUGUACCCUGGGUUUUAUAUAUAGGUGGACCCAAGUAUUAAUUCUUCUCUAUAGGAAGGGGUAGAUGUGGGUUUGAAAGCCCCAUCCAUCCCUAAAUUUUCCUUGAUCUUGGUUAGUGGCCCAAAGAUCCCCUUGAGUGAAUAAAGUUUUACUAUGUUUUGUAUAA